AACAUAAAAGUACUACAGAAAAGAAAACUGAACAGAGCAACGAAACAACACACUUAAAGUCGAACAUUUUUUUUUUAUUUGUGAUGAUUUUUUGUGCUGGUGUGUUGCUUUUCAUUCUGCACUGAAACACAAAUAAAUCCAUCAAUUUUUAGAUAAAAAAAAACCUAAAAAAGAUUUGGCUGUUGAGUGUGUAGUUGUAUGUUUAGUUUUGCCUUGUUGAAUGAUGAGAAAAAAUAGUAUAUGUGUAUUUAAAAAAAAAUCAAAAGUGAGAGAAAAUUGAUGAAAUUGUUUUAGUUUUGAUUGUUUUUCCAUAAAAAAAAGUACGAGAUUUAAGCUAAUUAACGUAUGUGGUGUACGCAAAUCGAAGAAGAAAUCAAUUAUUUAAUAUCUAACCUACUAAAGAAACGACCAAUUGCACAUUCAGUAUAAAAAAAAGUGCAAAAUAUUUAUGAGAAAGUGAGACAGAGAAAAUUCAAGCAAAAAAAACUGAGAUUUAAAUUCAGAAAUUUACAUAAAAGUGUUGGCCAAAUUGGUACAUGAAAACUGGCAAAUAAAUCAAAUUCACUAAACAACACGACGGAAAUUGAAAUUCGAUUGCUCAUCGAAUUGCCAUUUGUUUUGAGCAUUGUACCGUCAAAAAGAUAUUAAUUUAUCUCAAUCAAAAGUCAACUAUAUUGAAUUCCAUUGUAUAUAAAAUGGUGUCAUGUUUUGUAAACAAAAUAUUCAUAAUUAGUGAAUAAAAUUGAUCAAACUGCGUUCAGUUUUGGCGGUGACUUGAAAUAAAUAAACAUUUCGAGUGAAGAAUGGGUGCAACCAAAAAAAGAGCAUAAUUUCUACUAUGAACUAUAAAAUUGAUUGGUAAUAUUGGUUGCGAUUUAUCGUCUAACCUCCGAGUCUGUCAGUCGCAGUAAAAAUUCAAUGUUUCAAAUAAAUUCGACUAAAUGAAAUUGUGCAAAGAAAAUUGAAGUGAUUAUCGUCCAAGUGCAACAAUCACUGUUUAUUUCCAAUUGCUCGUCAUAUUGUUCGGUGUGAAAUGUUCAAUUUUGCAAAUAAUCUAUUUUGAAUUGGAUUGCAGUUUUGCGUAAACGGCGACAAAUGAACCAACGUUUUAUCUAAUAAAAUAAUUAUUGCCGUUGACCAAAUUGUAUAUGUGUAUGCACGUGUAAAAGUGUUGCGAAAUUAAUUUUUAUUUAUUUUUCAAAAUAAUAUGGAAUUUUAGCGGAGAAUGAGCCAUGAGACAAAAUAAAAACAAAGCCAAUGGUGAUUUUAAGAAAGAGAGAAAAAAUUAAAUAUUUUGUUGUAUCAGAGAAAAUAUAGUGGAUCAGUUAAAGUGGUUGCGAACCAACGAUUCAUAUAGAUAAUGAUGUAUAUAUGGGAUUGAACGAAAUAUUAUAGAGGAUAUGUCGAUUAGCCAGCACAAUCAGACAUACAGCGCGGCUAAUAUAACAAAACUAAAUGGCUGCGGCUAGCGCUGGUGCAAUAGAAACCGGCUUUUUGUCUGGAGCAAUCGCAUCAUCGUCAUCACACUUACAUCAAUAUCAUUCCGAACAACAACAACAACAUGGUUCAAAUUUAAUUGGGUCUUCGUUUAUUAGCCAAGAAUCAAAUUAUGUACAACGACUUGAUGUCGAACAUUUUUUAAAUGUUAAACAACAAACAUUAAAUAAUAGCAGUGCAAAUGUUGCUCCCGGUUGGCGCAGGCAACUCAGCGAAGGCGAAAUCAUCUAUUUUAGUCCGUCUGGUGCAGCUUUACGAAAAAUUGAACAAAUUAAGGAUUAUUUAUUACAACAUGGCACUUGCAAAUGCGGUUUACCAUGUCCACUUCGGCCCGAUUAUUUUUUUGAAUUUAAUCCUCAGGUUCCUAAUUCGCCAUUACAAAUACCUCCAGAACAAGCAUCAAAUCAAACAUCAUCUUGCUUGCAUCACACACGAUUGAUUGAGCAACAUAAACAAUUAACAAAAAGUAUACAUCCAACGAAUUUUAGUAAUUGUUUAUCAUCGAAUCAAAAGCUGAACAUAAAUGCUGUGUUGAAUGCAAAUUCAAGUUCUCAAACCGAUGGUACAUCCAGUGCAGAGGCUGUGUUCACAUCUGAACAAAGUGAUUUACCGGAAAAUCAAAUCGAAAAUGUGACUGUAUCUCGAACGCCACCGUGGCGAAAAAAUUCAAUUUUAAAUCAUCAACAGCAAUUACAAAGUAUUGCUGGACAAAAUGUUGAAAGUAACCACAUAUCGAAUGCAAAUAGUCGCGUGCCUCCGUUACCACAGCAACAUAUAUUGAAAACGCAUACACAACCACCAUGGCAAGACGAAUCACAAAAACGGCGCAAUAACAAUUCAAAGAAACGGCCAAAUUUCAAAGAAGAUCCAACUGGUUAUUUAAAUCAUCAAACUGCCAUUCUUCACAGUUCCAUUUUAAAUGUGCACAGUCCCGAAUUGCAAGAUAAUGAAUCGACCGACUCCACAUCACAAACUAUAUAUCAUCAGUCGCCAAUGCAUACGAGCCGAAGCUCAUCACGGUCAUCGGUUGAUGCGGUAAAUGCAAUGGGUAAUCAAAAUAUGGUCAUCUCUCAUGACAACGAUGAGCAACAGCAGCAACAACAACAAAUCUCUGUGAUGCAGCAACAGCAACAAAAUCAAAAUGUGUAUAUACAGCAAUUCGAUAGCAAUGUCAUUUCCAAGAAUCAAAUGAUCAUCGGAUCAAAUGGGCAAACCAUGCGAAUAAUACAGAAUCCUUAUUCCAAUUCCAAUGACUUCCUAAGUAAUUCAAGUGAUGCAGCGUCAGUUAAAGUGAAUGAAUUUAUUGGAAGAAAACGCACCCAAAACCAAUUAAAACCACAAACAGUACAAAUACCUGGAAAACACCAACAUCAUCAAUCAAAUCCAAUGAUGAGCCAGCAUCAACCUCAAUCUCAAUCGAAACAAUUUUCUAGUCUUGGUCAAUAUCCAAAAGUAGUUACAACUCAGCAAACAAUUAUAAUGCCGCAGUCUGAUCAAGAAACAGGUGGAUCAAGUAAAAAUGAUAACGAUAACAACGGUCUACCGGUCGAUGUUACACAUUUACCAAAUGGUGUGGUCCAAGUUCAUCAUAACUGUGAUAUCAAUGAAUUAAAAAGCCAGCCACAAACUAUUUUAGUAAAAUCAAAUCAGCCAACAUGCAACAUCAGUAAAACAAAACUGUUUGAUCAUCAAUAUAUUCAAUUGCCACAUAAAUCGAAUGUUUUGACACCAAUUGUAUCCGUCUCACAAGAAUCGCCGGUGUCAUCGAGUACGGCCAAUGUAUCGGCGAUAAUUGAAAUUCAAUCAAAUGUAAAUGAUCGAGGUCCAUCACAGGUUGGAACAAUUUCAACGAGUAACGAAAGUCCACCAAUUUCCAGUCCAGACACAUUGGUCACAUCCGAUUUACCGGUGUCAAUCAAUAAUUCACAAGCCGAAAACCAUUUAAAUAAAUUACAGAGUAGCGUGUAUAUUGCCGGUCAAACGAGUGGCAAAAAUACAAUAACAUCUGUUGUUGCUGGCAAAGCAAUGACAUCGACAACGACCACAAAUCAAUUUGGUUUAUCACACGACAAGAAUCGUUUGCAAAACGAUAACGGAUCGACAACAACAAUUCAAAUCCAUGAAAAUCGCAUUCUUAGACCGGCCCAAGCUGUGCAUGUUAGUAAAGCAAUGAACAAUGUUAAUUAUAAUACAAAUGUCGGUGUGAAUAAUAAAAAUUCAAAUAGUCGAACAAUUCAUGCGGUUAUGCAAGAGAAUACAUCAUCAUCGGUAUCAUCGCAUGCGCAUUUGCCAAAUAUUCAAGUCCAACAGCCGGCCAAUCAAAUUAUUAUGACAUCGUCCGGAUGUCAAAUUUUAGUGAUGCCAACACAAAACAAUAAAAAUUCAAAUCAACUGAUCAUCGGUCAGCCGACAAAUGCAAGUACAUUGGUUGUGAACAAUGGCUCUGGUCAACAAAAUGUUGUACUUAAUUCACAAAAUACGCACAUGAUUGGCAACGAAAUCGUUCAGGGGCUCAAUGACAACACAAUCGCCGGAACAACACACUCAAAUCUUAUACAAGGCACCAGCAAUAAUGUUGUCAUUCAAAGUCCCAAUCUAAUUCAACCACCAAACAAUGUGAUUACGGCAAAUAAUACAAACUCGAAUUUCAUCGUCAGUUCACCGAAUGCCAUUCAACCAAUGAUUAUUAAUAAUUCGGGUUUGCUCUCACACAAUGGAAAUGUAUUACAUCAUACAAAUCAAAAUGUUAUACAAGGAAAUACAAGCAAUAUAUUGACAACGGCAAAUGCAAAUAAAGUCAUUUCAAAUACAGCCAGUCUGUUGAGUCCAACCAAUAUUCUUACAAAUCAAUCGAAUGUAAUUGCAACCAACAAUCAAUUCAUCGGAAGCAAUAAUUCAACCGCAUUGCUAUCGCCAAAUAACAGCGGCAUUGUCUUAAAUCAACUAUCAAAUGCGAGCUAUGUUAUUCAACCACAAUCGUUUACAACAGUUGAUGGACAAGUGGUGAAUGUCAUUAAUUCGGAUAAUGGAAAUCAAUUUGUACAGCAAACCCAUCAACGAGUCAUUUUAUCGCCUGAUUCAAAGCGACGCAUUAAAAAACGAAAAAGUACAUCCACAUCACCUCAAAGUGAGUCACCGCAACAAUCACCGACAAUUCAAACACCAUCACAACAACCGACUGUUCUUCAAAUCACCCCACAAUAUCAUCAAUCUCAAAGUUUUCAAACGACAAUUGAGCAACAAAUCCUACUGCAAAAUGGACAAACUAUUUUACAGCCUUUGAAUUUGAUUGGUCAGCAGUUGCUUGUGCCGGCUAGUUUAAUGAUGACAUCGGACACCGUUCUUCAAAUCCAAAAUGUUGCACCGUGUGGCCUAAUCACUCCUCAAGGCAUUGUUCAGAAUAAAAGCUUUCUGUCACCGAAUAGCGCAAAUCAACAAUUCAUUGUAAGCGGAAACAAUCAACUCAGUCAAGUAUAUGGCACUCCAGUUGGACUAAAUGGACUUGUUGUACCGCAAUCGAAUGGACCAACAUUCGUGCAACAAAGCACCACCAUUGUUCAACAGCAAACUACAAUGAUGAAUAACAAUGGCUCGGUGAAUGAUACAGAUCUCUCAUCAAAUAUACCUCAAUCAGUUCAAUCAUCACCACCAGACACCACAACACAUAGUCCACGAAGUCCUGAACGACCAGAAAGCCAAAGAAGUGUUGCAAGUGAUAUAAACAUGGUACAAUUCGUUUCAAGCUCUGAACCAGAUUCAGUGGUGUCUCCAGUUGCUGAUAGUGCGCAAUCACCAUCUAGUGAUUAUGAUCGGAGUAAUUCGUACCCCAUAUUCAAACCGAACGAAAUGAAGGUUCGACGAAUUCAAACGCCGACGCUGCAUUGUAACAAUGGAAAUAAUUACAAAAUGAAAGCAGAUUUGCAUGGGGCCGAAAAUUGAACUCACAACUGGAAAAAGCAAUUCAAGAAGCAAUGACCGAAUUGGAUCGUAUUCCGGCAACGGUAACCACAACACCAUCACCAGUAUUAGUGAAGAAUCAAACGGUUACAAAUUCG